GCAGAGUGUAACAAGAAAAAAGGUUACAUUGUGGCAGCGAGGGAACGGCGCGCGCCGGGGAGGGGGUCGAGGGCCACCUGCCCGCCGCACGUGUGAAAAGGGGCGGCGGCGGCGGCACCCGUGUGUGGCGAAGGAUAGCUCGUUGCUAAAGCCGGAUCCGCAUCCUGCCGCGACUCGCAUCCCUGUGCCCCCUUCCGCUGCUUGGCGUACCGGCUCUGGUUGGGCCCCCUCCAACAAGGCCGGCCGAGCCCAUGGCCGGCGGAGGGUGGCCGGUGCCCGGCGGCGAUUUCUUGUCCCCUCGGCCGCCGCCUUCUUCCCAGCUGGAGCAGCCUGGGCAGGCGGCUGUGGCUUCCGCGGCGGCACAGCCCGAUCUGGACCAGUGGCGGCAGUACCAGGAGAGCGACCGGCACUGGGCGCUGCGCAAGCAGUUCGUUCUUCGCAAUCUGCCGGACUACCCGGGCGAGAGAAUCGAGAGGCUGCUGUCGUUCUCCCAGGUCUGGACCAACCACAUCUUCAUGGGAUGCAGAUAUGGCUCUCAAGUUAUGGAGAAAGUCCUCCAGAUGGCCGAAGGGAUUGACAUUGGCGAGAUGCCAUCAUUCGAGUUGGUGCCCAGCACUAAGGCGACAAAAAGGCCACACUCACCUGUUGAAGACUCUCCUCGCAGUUCUGAGCCUCCAAGAAAGCAACCUCCCAAAUUCCGUGUCAGACCUCGUUUUGAGCCCAUACAUUUUGUAGCCAGCAAUACAAAAGAUGGAGGAAAGGAACAGCCUUCCGAAAACCAAACACAGGAUGUCAGUGAGAAUAUCACAACAACCCAGCAGAUACAAAACUACGCAGAUCGGGUCUUCAGCAGCUUCAGUACGCAGGAUGGGGAUUCCCAGUUUUCCAGUUCAGUGGGUUUAGGCUACGCCAGUGGCCAAGCGAACCAAGUAGGAGCCAACGUGGUUUCCAACAGCAAAGACACUUCUGCAAAUGCUGGUGCCGCGGCUUCAGCCACUCCCUCUGUUCUCCAAUCCACCUCUGAAACGUUCCCCAAGUCAGUUAUAACAGCCAAGCAGUGUUUUAUUAACAAACUUGUAGCAGCCGUGCGUAAGAACCUUGCACAUCCCAACUGGCCCGAUAAAAUGAACUACACUUACCUUUUGACGCGAUCCAUACAGGCUUGCAAGACAAAUCCUGAGUAUAUUUAUUCUCCCUUGAAAGAAAUUUCUCCUGGUGAUCUCCCCAAGAACAAGAACAAGAAAGAAGGUUUUGCAUGUGAGGUGAGGUGUCAGAAUGUUUAUUUGACCACAGGGUAUGCUGGGAGCAAAAACGGUUCCAGGGACCGAGCUACAGAACUAGCAGUAAUACUGCUGCAGAAGUCUGUGGAAGUCAAAGUAGCGCAGCGGAAGUUCAAGAACACUACCCGUGAGGAUUUAGUGCUGUGUGAGAGUGGCACGUCACCAGAAUUCCCACCGGCUCUCAAGCAGUUGGAUGACUUUAUUGCUGCCAUGAAAGAAUGCGUGCCUGGGCAGCCAAAUUCUGAUCCACAACAGGGCCCCAGUUCAGCUAAACAUUGGACUAACUUUGUCCUCACGGAAAAUGCCAGUGAUGCUAUCGGGAUACUGAACAACUCAGCCUCCUUUAACAAAAUGACCAUUGAAUACAAGUAUACCUUAAUGCCCAACCGCCAGUGGCGCUGCAAAGUCUAUUUGCAGGACCACUUUUUAGCUGAAGGUUAUGGCACCAAGAAGACCAGCAAGCAUGCUGCUGCAGAUGAGGCCCUAAAAAUUCUUCAGAAGACUCAGUCUAAUGCAGGAGCCACCAAGACCGUCCAGGUUCAGAAAGUAGGCAGUGCUGGACGGGAUCCUGGGAAGAAGAAAGAUCUGAAGGAUCUUGUUGUUUAUGAAAACUCUAUGAAUCCUGUUUGUACGCUGAAUGACACAGCUCAAUUCAACAAGAUGACUGUGGAGUAUGUCUUUGAAAGGAUGACAGGGAUGCGGUGGAAAUGCAAGGUGAUGCUUGAGAAUGAAUUAAUUGCUGAAGCAAUUGGAGUUAAGAAGACUGUCAAGCACAUGGCAGCAGAGGAAGCCGUGAAAGUCCUCAAAAAGACCCAGCCGACUGUUGUAAACAACCUGAAAAAAGGCACCAUUGAAGAUGUAAUUUCAAGGAAUGAGAUCUGUGGUCGCUCUGCAGAAGAAGCUUUGAAACAGCAGAUCAAGGAAGACAACAUAGGGAAUCAGAUUUUAAGGAAAAUGGGCUGGACGGGUGGUGGCUUGGGCAAAAGUGGGGAAGGGAUUCGGGAGCCGAUUGCAGUGAAGGAGCAGUUCAAAAGAGAAGGACUCGGGCUUGAUGUUGAAAGGGGGUCAAAAAUUACCAAGAAAGAUAUUGAGCAGAUCAUCCAGAAUUAUGCCUUCUCAGACAGUAAGAUUGACCUGACUUUCUCCACAGAACUGACCAAUGAUGAGCGCAAGCAAAUACAUCAAAUAGCCCAAAAAUAUGGUCUUAAGAGUAAAUCCCAUGGCCAGGGCCGAGACAGGUAUUUGGUGGUUAGCCGAAAGAGGCGCAAAGAAGACUUGUUAGACCAGCUAAAGCAAGAUGGUCAAGUUGGCCAUUAUGAACUCAUCAUGCCCCAGGAUAAAUAAGGUCUAAGCAUCAUGUAUUUCUUUGGGGGAUGUCCAAAUUCCCCAUUAAACCGAAAGAAGGCUGCAUAUGGUUGUGGGCUGGAUUUUUUAAAAAAGUUUUAUUUGUGCAUUUAAUUUCUGAAACAUAAUUAGAAAAAGGUUAGAACUUUAAAGUCUGUCCAAACAUACUUAGUGCAGUCCAGAUAACAUUAGUGCAAUUAACUGUUGUAUGAUGUGUUGGAAAUGAUCUGUUCCCUUCAUAUUUUACUAGUUUUGUAAUGAUAGCAACAACACGUCCAGCCAGAGGGGAAUUUCACACCAUUUUUUUGGAACAGGAUAAUUUCCUUGUCUUUUUAUUUUACCUUUUUAAAAAUAAAGUUUUAAAAAAUGAAAAGAGAUGGCAGUAUGAAGAAAAAUUAUAUGUAAAGUUGGUAUUAAUAAAUAGAAUUUUAUUUCUGGACAUGCAAAGGGCAGGUUUUUUACUUAAAUUUUUGGUUCAGUCAAGAGGUAAAAAUGUUUUUAGCAUAUUCAAAAGGCAACAUUGUUAAAAUAUUAGUGUUGGUUGAUGCAGUUUACACAACACUGCAUUCUGCACUUGCACCACCCGAGACCUGAAACUGGCAGAAAGCACAGAAUCAGUAAGCCAGAGAACUUCAGCUUUUAUCUUUCAAAAUCCAACUUCAAAAGCCAGCCAAAGUUAAGUAGUGCUGUGGUGAAGACUGCAACUGACAUCCUGUUGGUUUCAGUGGAAGAUAUACCUACCUAUCCCAAUGAAAUCAGUGGGCCUUAAAUGUGACUGCCUCAGACCCCAAGUUUCUAGCUCUCAGGGCUGUAAACAGGUUUUAAUGUUUGCGAGCUGUAUCCUGUGAAGGACAGGGGAAGGGGAACAAAAUAAGCAAGCACAAGCAAGUGUGCAUCCUUGGCAUAAUUUAUACCAGAUCCAGAAUCCCUGAUACUUUGGCAUGAAGUAGUCUUGUUGUCUGUAUGUAGUACAGAACAUGCACAACUCUGGCUUUUUGUUUAUCAUCAGGUGUCUGCUUUCUAAAAUAAAUGAAUGCACUUCAAUCAUCUUGAUGGUAAGAUUCAACUUGAGCAGAGUUCUUCACAUACCCUGUUAACCAGUGAAGUAUUAAAAGUCAACCCUUAUUUUUAGUCACUCUUGGGGUGGGUGGGGUGUUUGCUUGUUUCUCUACGUAGCCUCCAAUGACUUGUUUUCUUAU